CUCUGAGGCCAGCCCAUCUUCCUGCCUCUUCUCCCCACUGAGUAGUCAGAAGAGCAGAAAACCCUCAUAGGCCUGUGCAUCUGGGGCCUGUGCCCUGCAGACAAGCCAUGGCCCGCAUCGUCGACCUGGUGCCCUGGAAGGACAGCUCCACCCACGUGUACGCGUCCCCGGCCAUCUCGCUGCCGGUGGCGCGGACGCGCAACCAGCUGGCGGGCAUGAAGCAACAGCUGUACCACCCGGCCCUGCCCAGCCUGCGCCGCAUGGACAUGGACUCUGUCAGGGCCUGUCUUUCAGACGAGCACUGCCGGUCCACCACCUACUGCCGCAAAGAUGACUUUGACAACGCCUACUUCACACUUUUCGGUGUCCCCAAUAAACCUCUGCAGUGCUUGGACAUCACCGAAACCGGCCGGCGACUCCGAAACAGGUGCCAUGAGGGAAAGCUGGUACCCAUCGCGCCGGGCAUCAACCGGGUGGACUGGCCUUGUUUCACUCGCGCCAUUGAGGACUGGUCCCGCUUCGUGUCCUCGGCUGGCGAGUUCAAGUUGCCCUGCCUGAACAAGAGGGUGGAGAGUUUCAGUGGCUACGCGGUGCGGUACUUGAAGCCCGAGGUGACCCAGAACUGGCGGUACUGUCUCAACCAGAACCCCAGCCUGGACCGCUACGGACAGAAGCCCCUGCCUUUCGACACCCUGAAUGCUUACCGACGCUUCGGCUCAAUCUACAGUCGUGUCAACUACCUCACCCCCUGGCAUUAAUCUGUGAAAAGGAAACCAGUCCUCAGGCUGCUGGGCUGUGCCAUCUCCGGUUCUCCAGCAGGACAGAGCGGGUAUGGUGGCACCACCCAUCUCCCUAAAAGUUCAGCCGGACUGGAAAUAAACCUAAUGCUCCCCCAGGAAGGAACCAGGCACAUAUGUGCGUGUGCGUGUGUGUGUGUGUGUGUGUGUGUGUGUGUUGUACGGACUGGGAGAGGGGUCAGUACCUCAGGAUGAUGAUGUCCUACCUUUACCUGUCUCCUGCCAACUCCUGAGGACUGGUGGGAGGCUGGAGAAAGCUGUCUCAUGACCCCAGGUAGAGAGUCAGAGUCUAAGCCCCAGGGCUCAGCCAGGGGUGAGGUGUAGAGAUAGGCUGCCUGCAAAAUGGGUUUUCCCUAUGCCCCAUCCCCUGCUUGCAGCCUCACAACCAGGCUCCCUCCACUUCAGAUGCUGAACUUGGGCCCGGGUCAAAAGGAAUUGUUAGACACCUCUCUCAAAAGCUUCCACCAUACCAAUAUACUCUGGUGGGGGGCUUCUCUGGGCCUGGCAGGCUCUGGUGGCCUAGAGGCAGCCUCUGGGUGUAGAGCAAGCAUUGUCUGCUCUAUCCACAGAGCUUCAGGACUAGCCCUCAUCUAUCCAAACUACAGAGAGGAAAGCACGAUGUCCUGGGGCCAGCCAUAGGCAGUCCUGGGCCAGGGCCAGGAUAACCGAACUCAAAGGGGUUAAGGAAGAGUGUCUCUGGCAUGGUUAGAGAGCCAGGAUAAAUGUUGAGCUCCCAGACCUUCUAGAUACCCCAUCCACAUCCCACUUGGUGGGCAGUGUGCAAGGACAGAUCCCAAUCAGGUAAAUAGCCACCCAGCUCAAACACUGUUUGAACAAGACUCUGCUGCUAGGAUCUGGAACCUCAGGGAUCCAUGAACCUUGUGAGAUCAUGAACAAAAUGAUGUGUCCACCCACAUAUACAUUUUCUCAUGGAGAGGCUCCUUGUUGUCAUCUGAUUUUCUGGAGAGUCAGCGUCCACAAAGGUUAGGUUACUUACACCCUCCCCAUCUCCUUCCACUAAUAUUUACUGAGCACCUACUGCAUGCAGGCCAGGUCUCAUGUGGAAGGAAUUUUUUUUUUAAUUUUUUUUUAACAUUUAUUCACUUUUGAAAGUGA